AUGAGUGACAACCUUCUGAAUGGAGCGAAUGGAGCAUCGACUGUCUCACAGUUCCAAGAGAAAGUGAAAGAUCUUGGUGUCUCUCUGCACGACUUCACAGCUUACUAUCCGAGUUCUCUGGAUACGGUCUCUGCCAGUCUUCGCCCGAUAUCGGAUCCAUCUUCAGCUCUUCAUGUUGCAGAUGGGGCAUUCAAAAAGAUUAAAACCGAAGGAAUCGGUGGCUCUGUCUUCGGAUCGUCAAUCGCAGGGGUCACCAAUACGCCAGCAAGGCGGAGACAUCGGACCACGUUCACACAGGAACAACUUCAAGAGCUAGACGCCGCAUUCCAGAAGAGUCACUAUCCGGAUAUCUACGUUCGUGAGGAGUUGGCACGGAUUACCAAGCUGAAUGAAGCGAGAAUUCAGGUGUGGUUCCAGAACCGUCGUGCUAAGCAUCGAAAACACGAGAAGCAAUUGAAUAAGAUUACCCCGCAGCAUUCGUUCCUCGCAAAUCCAGCGAACACAUUGAUGAGACAAGGAAUGUACUCGACGGCGUUGAAUCGAGAUGGAUUCUGGUAUCAGUCUUAUCAGCGGCCGAUGCCUUACCCAACCGCAUCUCCAUCUUAUUCGAAUUCCUUCACCAAUCCUAUUGCAAAUUUCGGACAUUCGAUUGCCUCGUUCCCAGCUGAUGAUGAAUUCUAUCAAAAACACUUGGCACUCCGAAUGUCUACAACUCCAUCGGCUACCACAACAGCCACCUCUUUGGCCAACAUCAACUAUCAACAGCAGCAGCCGCAAAAUGAAACCAGUGCAAAUCCACCAUCAAUCUAG